UACCAUGAACAGGAUCCCUUCGAAUUGGUCGACUCCGUCUACAUUUGCAUCGAAGAGGCCAUGAAGAGUUUCCUCGCCCUCGGUCACUCCGCCGAUGCCAUCGAGGCCAUCGGCAUCACCUCUCAACGGGAGACCGCCAUCUGCUUUGACUGGGAGACCGGGGAGCCCCUCCACAACGCCAUCGCCUGGCCCGAUACUCGCACGAACGGUCUCGUCCGCGACCUUAAGGAACAGCCCGGUGCCGACGAUCUGGCCAGUAUCUGCGGCCUUCCCCUCUCCACCUACCCCUCUUCCGUCACCCUCGUCUGGAUGCUCCGGAACCUACCCGAGGUCCGCGAGGCCUACGAGGCCGGCCGCCUGGCCUUUGGUACCGUCGACACCUGGCUCAUCUACAAUUUGAACGGUGGACCCGCCGGCGGCCGUCUGGUCACCGACGUCACCAACGCCUCCCGCACCAUGUUCAUGAACCUCGAGACCCUCGACUACGAUGAUCGCUUGCUCGACUUCUUUGGCAUCGACCGCAAGAAGAUCCGCCUGCCCACUAUCCUCCCCUCCGCCGACCGCGAGGGCUACGGCUACGUCAGCUCCGGCCCGCUCGACGGCAUCCCUAUCACCAGCUGUCUGGGCGACCAGUCCUCCGCCCUCGUCGGUCACUGCGCUUUCACCCCGGGCAUGGCCAAGAACACCUACGGUACCGGCUGCUUCAUGUUGUACAACGUCGGCGACAAACCCGUCAUCUCCAAGCACGGCCUGCUGGCUACCGUCGGCUUCCAGCUGGGGCGCGACCGAAAACCCACCUACGCUCUCGAAGGUAGCGUUGCCGUCGCCGGUAGCGGUGUCUCGUUCCUGAUGAACAACAUGGGUUUCUUCCGUGAUUCGCGCAAGGUCAGCGAUUUGGCUAGCUCCGUGCCGGACAACGGAGGGUGCUUCUUCGUUACCGCUUUCAGUGGUUUGUUCGCUCCGUACUGGAUUGACGAUGCCAAGGGAACCAUCUUCGGCAUCACUCAGUUCACUCAAAAAGGGCACAUCGCCCGCGCCACCAUGGAGGCCGCCUGUUUCCAGACCAAAGCCAUUCUGGACGCCAUGGAGAUGGACAGUGGACACAAACUGACCGAGCUGGCUGUGGACGGAGGUAUGAGCAAUUCGGAUAUUUGCAUGCAGACCCAAGCCGAUAUCAUCCAGAUCCCCGUCGAGCGACCCUCGAUGCACGAGACGACCGCCCUGGGCGCCGCCAUCGCGGCCGGAUUCGCCAUGGGCGUGUGGAAGGAGUUCAGCGAGCUCCGGAACAUGAACCGUGCCAACCGCACCACCUUCACGCCGCAUAUCUCGCCCGUCCAGAGCAAGAAGAUGUACGGCCAAUGGUCCAAGGCCGUGGAGAUGUCCCGUGGCUGGGUGGAUGCAGGCGACAUGGAUGGGGAAGUUGAUGGUGAAUGAGUUGCAUUUUAUAUUUCAACCUUAUUUCUUUUUCUUGUUCAAUAGCUUGGGGUUUGCGAUUUAGCGAUGUUUUUCUGACUGGGGGUUGGGGCUUUCUGGAGGUUUCUUUGGGAUACCCGAUACGAUCAGGUAACAUACGUCGGUCUCAUCAGAUGGGAUUGAUAGGACAUACAUAUAGAUAUACGAAUAGUUCAUCACAUACAUACAUAUAUACAUACAUAACUAAAU